AUGUCCUUGUCACGAUCUCCCUCUCCCCACCCCGCGGGAGGAGGUUGGACCAGCCCGGGUCUCACUCCCGGCAGCGGUUCCUCAACGCCUCACAGCGGCUUCCUGACGCCAAAUCCCCUCGGAGCCAGCGGCAUCUCCUGGGCCGCCGCCAAAGCGAAGAGCGACGAGGUACGGGGCUAUCCGUCCUUCUCGACGCGGAACAGCGGCUUCUUCUCGCGAUCGAGGCGCCAGCUAUCCGCCACCCUCCCGAGCUUUCGUCUGGGCUCCGGGUCCCCGAAUGGUUAUGUCGACAAGGAUGAGUUUGGGCGUGGACGGCACAUUUCCCCCGCCACCGGUUGGCGCUUUGGGUUUGGCAGGUCGUUGUUGCGGCGCCGGAGAUCGCGCUUGUUUUUCACCCUGAUCCUGCUCUUGGUCGGGUAUUUGUUCUUCGGAGGAUCGAUCAUCCAGAACUACCGACGGUCCCCGUUGGGCGGAGGGCGCAAGUUCGUCAUUAUCUUGGAAUCCAAUAUCGAAGGCGGGGUGAUGGAGUGGAAGGGGGCCCGGGAAUGGGCCCUCGAGCGCAACAGCGUUUGGAAUAAGAACCGAUAUGCGAACGAAUGGGGCUACGAGGUGGAGGUCGUCAACAUGCUGGCCAAGAAGCGCUAUUCGCACGAAUGGCGCGAAAGCUGGGAGAAGGUCGACCUGAUCCGGGAGACCAUGAGGAAGCACCCCGAGGCAGAAUGGUUUUGGUGGCUGGACCUCAAUACCUGGAUCAUGGAAUACUCAUACUCCCUGCAGGAGCAUCUUUUCGAUCGCCUGGAUGAGAUUGUGUACCGUGACAUCAGCGUCUACAACCCGUUGAACAUUACCCACCCCCCCAGGGAAGUCUACCUGGACGAAGUCUCUCGCUCCCCGAACGGAGACGGGGACGCAUCCUCCAUACAGCUGCUACUGUCGCAGGACUGCGGCGGAUUCAACCUCGGUUCCUUCUUCAUCAAGCGCUCCCUCUGGUCUGACCGGUUACUGGAUUCGUGGUGGGACCCCGUCAUGUACGAGCAGAAGCACAUGGAGUGGGAGCAUAAGGAGCAGGACGCACUGGAGUAUCUGUACGAAACGCAGCCGUGGGUUCGGAACCAGGUGGCUUUCCUUCCCCAGCGAUACAUCAACUCCUUCCCCCCCGGCGCAUGCGGGAAUGAGAACGAUCCGACCGUCCACUAUCAGGAAGCAGACCGAGAUUUCAUCGUCAACAUGGCCGGGUGCCAGUUCGGCCGCGACUGCUGGGCCGAGAUGUACCAGUACCGUGAAUACAGCAAGCAGCUGAACAAGACCUGGUGGGAUCGCAUGAAGGAGAGACUGAACGGAUACUACGAGAAGUUCUACCCCGCCGAGCAGGAGGAGCAAGAACAAUAA